AUAUAAUAAUAGUCUUUACUAAAAAAAAGAUGCAUUUUUAAAAUGAUCUGUUUGGAGAAAUGAAAAACAUCUCAGCUUGGAAUUUGAGUUUUGGAUAAUGUUAUAUGUUAGUGCAUAUAUAUGUGUAUACAUAUAUGUCAGAUUUAGAACUUCUUUGUUUUUGUAUUGAAUUAAAAAUCACAGAAGGGGAAAAGGGAAAAUUUUGUACCUGGUAGAGGCCUAAAAAUGAAGGAUACUGACAAAUGGAUUAUAUGCAAUAUUGUGGUACCAUGCAGCCAGUCUUUGCCUGAGCUCAGUCUGUUUCAAGGCAAUUGCAGAAGUGUAUAAUCAAUAGAUAUUAAGGUGUUACAAUCACAAAAUAAACAAAAGAGUUAGGCAAAGUAGAUUAUGGUAACAAAAGAGAAUAAAUGGAAGGCUUACCUGUAUGCUAGGUUCAUCUACAAAAAACACCAGAAGAGGGGAUCUCCAGAUGAAAUCCUUCCUCACUGGUAGCCAGCUCUUAAAUAGGUCUAGGAGGGGUGCAGCCAGGCUCCACCCCUUCCGGCAGCACAGGUGAAGGCAAUUCACCUGUGCUCCUCUGGCUGACUCAUGGCUCGCCUCAGGUGAUCCAUCAGAGGUUCAGGCCGUGACUCAUCAGUUCCCAUACACAGAAGGCAGCUAACUAGCAAUAGAUUACAAAGAAAACUGGGGGAUUAAUCAUCAAAAGAUGCAGGCUUUGAAGGACAUAUGCCUAAGAGGUCUUGAAGUUACAGUAAAAGCUCCCCUUUAGUGUAGAAAGUGGAGGUAUUUUGCUUGUAGGGUCCAGAAAUAUGUAUUUUGGAAGAAGCUAAUUGUAGAAAUAAAUAGUAUCUUGGAUGCUAUUGUGGGAUUCCAGAGAACGUUCCAGAGAAAGGAAGAAGUGCAGAUCAACUCUUCUUAAAUGAGCACCAGUUAAUUUUGUGGAUAUAUGAUCCCGAAAGUGCAGAUGCCUCUGAGUUGAAUCACACUGCAGUUUUUCCAUCAGAAAGUUCUCAGAUACUCAGCAAGAUGUUACAGAUUUGGAGACAGAAACCUGUUGUUCAGACCUAUUUCAAGCAAAAAACCUACUACUCUGAGAGGCUUCCAAAAUCCGGAUUAUGGGUAGCUGAUAUACCUGAAAUACCUGAUGACAUCAUCAUAAAAAUAACUGGAGUAUUUCAGGAGUGCUUUGUUCAAAGAACUUCUUUUGUAGUCCCGAGGCCCAAACAGUCAUUUCCUAGCAAGGAAAAUGACAUCUCGCUCUGUUCCCUUCAGAGUAGUGAACUCCCUAUUAAAUGGUCUGCAUGUUUUCCAAUGACAGCAGUUUUGUUAUCAAAUUUUGGAACUUUCUAUACAAACGAUGCAUUUAGGACACACAUAGAAAUUAAAAUUCUCUCAGAUAUUUUGACCAAAGGCCUAAAUAGCAAUAUAACUGUUGUGGCUCUGUCAGAUAAUGGAAUCUCGUUUUUAAUAAACAGCACUUGUUAUAAAAGAGACGCCAGACAUGUUUUUGAAGUUGGAGCAGAACACAAGCUUCCUGAGAGUGAAAUACUUGGAAUGCAUUCCAGAUAUUGGUGUUCAUCUGUUUAUCCAGUGCAGAGUGGAAAACAAUUAAGUACUUGGGCAGCAGGGAUGUCUACUGAGCUGUAUGUUGGAUACAAUGAAGCUUUUAAUAAAAUAGCAGAUACUGCAAGCUUAGUGAAGAUCGUCAGUUUUCCAAACACUGCUUCUUUAACUGUAACAACUGUUAGCUGUGACUCAGUCCCAUGCAAAGUGACAAUGUCACUUAUUUGCAAUGCCUGCAGCUCCUCCAGACUAUUUUUUCUGGCAUUUUAUAAUGAAGGCAGACAACUUUGGGGCUUAGGAGAUUUUUGCUUACCUGUUCCUCACAGUUCUGCUAUGAGGAUGAUAUACAUAAAUUCAGCAUUAUCUUCUGGAAUGCUGUGGGAUGAUGUGUUUGCUACACCUGUAAAAACAGCAUGGAUAAUGGAUAUCUUCCUGUAUCUGGAUCAACACUACCAGAAAUGUCUGAUGGGAGCACUAUCCACCAGAUUAUUCUCGGAAUUUACAUUUUCUCAUCAAACUGACAAUAUUUUAGAAUCCAAUUAUACACAGGCAUUAGAACUGACCAGUGGUGUUAUGUCAGCUGAACUGAAGCCUCGUGCUGCUGAAAAUGCAUGUGAAUUACAGCAUCAGGUCUCCCACUUUUUUGUUGGCUGCCCUCCAGGAAGGCACAUUGCUGUUAAGAUAUAUGAUGGUGAUAUUUGUGUUAGAAAUGUUGAAGCAAAUUUUGUAUUAUGGGAAAUAAAAGGCAGAACUGACAAUGGGUACACUUCAUCCACGAAAAAAAAUUACAGAUCCUGUUUUGAGCUUGAGAACAGUUCAAAGGAAGGACUGAAUGAGCAGUAUCAGAUUUUAAACAGCACUUCUCAAAACCACAUGGCUCGGCCUUUUAGUCAUGAUGCCACUUACGUGUUCAGAGUGAGGAUAUUAACUCGAAACUACAGGUCAGAUGUUUCUAUGGCUAAGUUUUAUUCCUUCAUCACACUCAGCACCUUGUUGGUCUGCGCCACCUUCUGCUACAGAUACAGCCUCACUUGGAAGUCUGAAACACUGGGCAGAAGACCUAAAGGCCAGUAUCUCACUGAUACACUAACAAAGUAAAACUUUAAAUAGGAUGGUGUUUGGGAAAAGUGAUACACUGUUUAUUAACAGAUGGUUUUGCAAGUACUUCUUAUGUCUCUAUAAUACUAUUUAAUGCAUUUAGUUUCAUAUACAGAGGGCAUGCCAGUCAACAUGUCAGAGCUCCUAUAGGAGCAGAGAUCUGGUGUGGCUAACAGUUUUUAAAAGACAUUUUCCAAGCCAAGCUAAGUUAAGCUGCAGCUGUGAGCCUCACGCUUGAGUUGGCUUCACAUUAUGAUUUUCACUGACUCAACUAUGGUAUCAGCAUAAUUUUUCAGUGUGAAAUCUGAUAAAACAAUGCAGGCAAAGUUUCUGCUCUGUCAAAGGGCUGCAGCCAAUCAAGUUCUGAAAGUGCUCAGCACAGUCCACAGAGGGAAUAUUGUGUGUUUCUGACGAUGUCUUUUGAUGCUACAUAUUUUACUUCUGCUAAGAAAUGUUAAUUCUAUCUUAAAGUGUGUAUUUGGAUCAUACUUCCUCUCAAGCUUAUUCACUUCUUCAGUAUAUAAAUGUUUGUUAUAAUAUAGUUGUAAAAGUUAUAGUUGGUUGCAGUAGUUACAUUUGUUAUAUCAAUAAGCAGUCAUGCUUGCAUCUAUUUUUAACACCAUCUGAAGCUGUUAAAAGUGUCAGGCUUCCAGCCUGAAUGUUCUUAUCAUCAAAUGAACACACCUUGCAAAGCUUAUGCUCUUAAUGGCAAUUGUUUCAUUUCUCCAAAACAAAUUAACAAAACUCUAUUGAUAAA